CUCACCUACAACAAUGGUCAGAAGAUUUAUUCUGUGUUGUUUUAUUGCUUGUUACUCGUAAUCCUGGGAGUACCGUUUACUGGUCAACAUCAUGAAGCAAACGAAAUUUUUAACACUCUCUUGGAGGAAGAAAUUUUAACUGUCGUAAGUUUCAUAUUAACAGACCAAGGAUAUGGGCAAUGUACGUUGCAACAGAUAUUCACGGAAGCACUUGGACUUGUGUCCUUCUCACUCAGAUUUUUAGAUGUUCACGCAGGAAUGGAACAAUCAUACGUUGAGAUUUAUUCGCAUUUUGAUUUUGAUCAAAUUCGUACAGCGUUAAUUGCGAACCUUCAACUGGUCCUGAAUUUUUCAAUUUUUUGUUUUCUGACAAUUGUUUUCGACGUCCAAUAGUUGUAAUAUUGCUCAAUACUCAGAAAUUGUUGGUACCAUGCAAGUCUUUUGUGCAUUUUAAUUUCCUGUGGAGAAAACACGCGAAGACGUUGGUGUACAACAACUUUAUAAAUCUUAUGGAAUGUUACAGA